AUGCUCGAGGAGAAGCUGCUCAACCUGGCCCUUCCGCCUUUCUACCACCAGUACAUCGCGGUUCUCGCUUUGGGCUGCCUCGGCGAGUUGACCACAUUCAAGAGUCGGCUGCGAUACUUCACCAGGAUCGGAUACAGGGUUUCUCGAAAGCUGAAACGAGAGCCACUCUUCUUCCUCCUACCGGUGAGUGUGGUGUGCCAGCUGAGCCUGAUCCUUCCAUCGGCGAGCCCUAACAACGCCAUGGCCUUCGAGUUGGGCAGCAUGACUUCGCUUCAAAUGAUCGUGCCCGGCUUCAUCAUCAAGGCCCUGACGAUCGUGCUCUACAUGACGCUGAUAAACCUCACCAUGUCCCCGAAUGAACAAUCCGAAGGGCAUGCCGUCGUGAACUACACAAGCAACUUGGUAUCAGGCGACCAAGAUGCAGCCAGCGUGGUCAUUGAUGUUGCGCACGUUGCUUUUGAGUGACUUGAGUGCGCACGUUGCUUUUGAUUGAACAAUGUCCUGUUCAAUGGUCGGCAUAUGAUGUCGUCAUUCUUAAUAUAUUUACGCAAUGACAAGCUUUGCGAGUUUUUCCUGAAAUAAGCAAUUAUUAUUGUCCGGGUUUACAGACCCAAAACUAUG